GUGAGGAAUCAGCCACGAAGAAGGAGCUGGAAGUCAUCUGGACACAAGAGGGGCAGGAAUAGCAUUCAGUGAUAAGGAACAGCAGACGCGAGGGCGUGGAGUUUGAGACAGCCCCUAGAGGGGGCAGAGAUAACCAGCUGCAGGUCUUCAGGUUGGUCAGCACUUACCCCUCAGCAGCCUGGUUUCAAGGUUCCAUUUGCGGCUCCAACUGUGCUCCUGGCCAAGGGGCGGGUCAUCCCUCGUAGGCUGCUACCACCCGGGAGCGCAGCCUGGCUGGCUGGCAGGCGCAGCCUCCUCUAGCGCCCCCACUCCACACAGCUGGCGCCCCCGCCCUCCGCACGCGGUUUCCUGCUCCUCCUUCCUCUCCCAGCUCCAGCUGUUUCUCUGUCUGAGUUCUGUCCCUGUCCCACACAGAACUCUGGACAGAGUGAGGCUGUUAGGAGGUUGCUGGGGGUGCUGUGCUCUGCGGGGCUCAGAGGAAAUCUUGCAUGAAUGGAUGAAAUGCUUCCAAGCAAACAGCCCCUACCAGCACAGCUGUGUGACCCGGAGAAAGAGGCCAGGGCGCGAGCGGCCUGAAGCCACAGGACCCCGAGGGGGAGACCCGGGAGAAGGUUCUGUUUGUAUCUGUCACCUCACAUCUGUGGCAAGGCAGAUGAGAUCAGUUUCCUGGACAGCGAAGAAUUCUUCCUUCAAGAGCUGGGAGCCUGAUAAGGGACAGAAACAAGUAAAAGAACAUUCUUAGAAGUUCUACUGAGGACCGUGGCUAAGACACCCAUCUUGGAUGUUCCCAGAGGUGUUUCCAGCUGUGCGUAGUGACCAGCUGGCUGGGGCCUCACUCACACUGGAGUUCUGUUCUGCAACAGUGAACCGUGAAGGUCUCCAAAGAGAUGGAGGACUACGGCGCUUACAACGAUUCCAGCAGUUACGAUGGUGAGUACUCUGACGGCUUUGACACCAUUAUGGAUUUGGAGGAGGUGAACCCGCUGGAGGCCAAGGCGGUGGCCCGCGUCUUCCUGGUGGUGAUCUACAGCGUGGUGUGCUUCCUUGGGAUCCUAGGCAACGGCCUGGUGAUUGUCAUUGCCACGCUCAAGAUGAAGAAGACAGUGAACACCGUGUGGUUCGUCAACCUGGCAGUGGCUGACUUCCUGUUCAACAUCUUCCUGCCGAUCCACAUCACCUACACUGCCAUGGACUACCACUGGGUGUUCGGGAAGGCCAUGUGCAAGAUCAGCAGCUUUUUGCUCAGCCACAACAUGUACACUAGCGUCUUCCUGCUCACGGUCAUUAGCUUUGACCGCUGCAUCUCUGUGGCGCUUCCUGUCUGGUCCCAGAACCACCGCAGUGUCCGGCUGGCCUACAUGACCUGUGUGGCCGUCUGGGUCCUGGCUUUCUUCUUGAGUUCCCCAUCUCUUAUCUUCCGGGACACGAACCAUGUGCACGGGAAAACAACCUGCUUCAACAACUUCAGCUUGUCUGCCCCUGAGUCGUUCCCACACUCCACUCACUCCCGAAUGGAUCCUGUAGGGUUCAGUAGACACAUGGUGGUCACCAUCACCCGCUUCCUUUGUGGCUUCCUGGUCCCCGUCUGCAUCAUCACGGCUUGUUAUCUCACCAUCGUCUUCAAGCUGCAGCGCAACCGCCUCGCCAAGACCAAGAAGCCCUUCAAGAUCAUCAUCACCAUCAUCGUCACCUUCUUCCUGUGCUGGUGCCCCUACCACACCCUCUACCUGCUGGAGCUCCACCACACGGCUGUGCCGGCCUCUGUCUUCAGCCUGGGACUGCCCCUGGCCACUGCCAUCGCCAUCGCCAACAGCUGCAUGAAUCCCAUUCUCUAUGUCUUCAUGGGGCAUGACUUCAAGAAAUUCAAAGUGACUCUCUUCUCCCGCUUGGUCAAUGCCCUGAGUGAGGACACAGGACCCACCUCUUACCCUAGUCACAGGAGCUUCACCAAGAUGUCAUCACUGAAUGAGAAGCCCUCAGUGAAUGAGAAGGAGACCAGCGCACUCUGAGCCUUACUUGGGAAUGCCCCCAUGGGUGCGGCAGCCCAGGGACACCCAGGGACUUGUCUCCUGAAGUGGGAGAUGUGGUGGGAGCCUUUCUGGUAUGCUCCGAUGCCCAGUACAUUUUGUACAAGGUGACUCACGUUUUGAGUGGGAUUCCAGAGUGUGGACACUCUUCCAGCGAAGUGGAAGGCAGAUCAAUCCAAACCUCUGGAGCAGGAGGAGUAGGGGACCGGCUUUGACUGACUCAGAAGAGGGCAGGGUUCUCCAAAGCCAAGGCCUGAACUGUGAUCAACAUUUAGGCACAAGAUUUCCCUAUGUGUGCUGCGUGGUCUCUGGUGUGGGUGAGGAAGUCAGAGCAAACCCAUUGUACACCUGCUACAGCCACACGACAGUCAGUCAAGCCAGCAAGCCAACCCCCACCCCCACCCCGGCACCCUCCAAGACCUUGACUUUGGAUUUAGAUGAGCUUGGAAGACCAGGACCUGAGGGACUGCAUGGAACACUGCAAGAGCAAGGCGGGCAGGCUGUAGGGGGGGGGUGGUGGUGGUAAAGAAAUGGAGGGGAGCAGAAACCCCAAAGGAUAUGGGCGUAGAAUACCUCAGCAGCGUGCCACAGGGAGACGGUGCUCUAGGUUGUGGAUGCCUGGGGUUCAGGUGGUGGCAGCCCUUUGCUUCAGCGCUUAUACGCACCUGGCAUUGUGACCUGAGGCUGGGGUGGGGACUUCUUCACAGAAGUUGUUCAUUCCAUCCCGGGGUCUCUUCUCUCCUUCCCUAGUCCUCCCAACUCUGUCUGGAAGGUCUUAGAAUACACAUCCUGGAUGGAGGGUGGAGGGUGGAGGGAUCGUCUCCCCCAUCCAUCCCCUUUAAGCUUUCCUGGUCUAGAAUGGAAUUUUGAGACUCCAGCCUUGGAGCAUCUCCCGAAGGCUGUCUCUGGGGGCUCAGAGCUAAUCUGAUUCCCCCUUGAAUCACACUUCCCAGGUGAGGCAUCUCUGCCCUGUGGGCAGCCUAUGGGCAGGCUUUCCUCCCCAAAUCAGACACUUUCUCCUGGCAGGGAAGCCAAGGUGUGAGGAAGGAAAAUGACUCACCCAACACCACACACUCCUAGUCAGGGACAAAGACCUGAGCCCGGCUCUGCCUGGCUGACUCCAUUUCUUCUCUGAGGAUUUGAUAGCCUGCUUGAUUGGUCAUUUCCCAGGCAUGUGAAGUGUUUCACAUGCAUCUUCUCAUUUAUUCUUCACAGAAACCCCAGAGUUAGGUCCUUAUACAUAUGAGGAAUCAGAGGCUCAGAGAGGUGGAGUAACCGGCCCAAGGGGACCCAGUUAGAUGCUGGCAGACUGGAUUUGAACCUCAGUUUCCUUGGCUCAGAAGAGGAUGUAGAGUUAGUGGGUUUGGGGUUUUAGCCAUAAAUACUGGUUCUUCAGUGGAUCUGUGUGAACAUCUUGAUAGUCUUUCUGAAGCUUUGCAUGGCAAACAGGCAAAGAAAAUGCGCUUGAUUUCCAGUCUCCACCUCCCCCUGGUUCCCGUCACACACGCCCUGAAGUCUGCUGGGCAAGUGUAGGGAGGAGCCUGGCAGCGGAAGCCCUUCUGGGCCCAGUGUCUACUUCAGCUAGUUCUCUUCCAAGCCACUUCUCCGCCAGGGUGUAAUACACAGAUGCAUGUCCUCUGGCCUGGCCAGUUCCUGAACUUUAGGCUGCUUGGACUCACACUUCAUCAGAGGACAGGCUGUUCCUCCCUGGUUGGGUCUUGAGAUGAGGCAGUUCUGAACUGAUCCAAGCUGGAGCCUCGAUUGCUUCAGAGGGCCUGAACUUACAGGGACUGUGAGCAGAGAGGGAGGUUCAAAAAUAGACUCGUGUUCCCACUGUCCUCCCAGGGCCACGGAUGUGCCCUGGUAUGGGAUGCCAUGGUAUGGGAUUCAUCAUGUCACAGAGGCCCUUGUCCGUGACUGAGGCCCCCUGGACAGUACCCUUCCGGGACAUCAGGGUUGGCCAGGUCAGGCAAGGGCCCAGGAAAUCUUGUUGCCAUUGGAAAAGCUGACACUUGUCAAAGCCCACCCUCUUCCUCCUGGCUGUCAUAACAUGCAACAUGCAAACACUGCUCACGCAAACACUAAGUGAAACCUUCAGUCUUGUCCUGGAGGCUUCUCACAGCAACAACAACCCCCCUCCCAACCCCCCCCCCCCCCCC